GUCCCCACCCCGCCCACCGAGCUUAGCACCGUGACAGCCCGCGGUGUCCCGCACUUUGCAUCCGCAUGCAAAACAGGAUAGACAGCUGGACAUAGGACAGACAAUAUCUGCCAAAAUGAUCAAUAUCGUGAAAAGUAUUUUCAUCCUCUUGCUGGGAUCUCUGCUAGCUUCGAGCUACGCGUUCAAGUUAUCUGCCGUAGAUUUGGAACCCAAUAUGGAGAACUACGACGAAUUAUCGUUUAACAAGGAGUACGCACCAUACCUCGCCAUGAUUGACGAAUACCGAGGGGAGCAGAACAACAUUUUAGACGACGAUCCAACCUUCGACGCAAGAUACCGCACUUGGAAACGGAAUGCUGAUCUCAUCAACUCUCUUCUAGCGCUGCCGAAAGGCAUGAGCGACGCCGGCCGCUAAACUACGAUGGCGACUAACAUUCUUAUUUAUCAAGUAUUUUUGUAUUUCAUAGAUUAAUUAUAAAUAUCGAAUAA